UCCUCCAUCCAUCGCCUCCCCCCAGGAUGUUGCGGUGGCUGGUGUGUGGCCGGGUGGGCACAGUUUGGAUCUGGAAGGCUCUGCUGCUCUUCGUUGCCAUCGCCUUCGCUGUCCAACUGUUGGGGGUCAUCUUCAACAAGAGCAGUGUGCAUCCAGCUGGCCACUCCAUCUUCCUGUCCUCUGAUGCUCAGGGCCCCUCUCUGGGCUUCUGUCAGCCCCACACCCACAUCAUGUUCCUGAAGACCCACAAGACGGCCAGCAGCACGGUGCUCAACAUGCUGUACCGCUUCGGGGACGAGCGCAACCUCCGCUUCGCCCUCCCACUGGGAUACCAGUUCGGAUACCCACUGCCUUUCAAUGCUCAUAGGGUCAAAGGUUACCGAGGCCCCAGAGCCAUGGAGUUCCACAUCCUGGGCCAUCACAUGAGAUUUAAUAAGCCUGAGGUGGAGAAGGUGAUGCCUGCAGACACGUUCUACUUCUCCAUCAUCCGGGACCCGGCCGGUAUGGCUGAGUCCUCCUUUGCCUACUACAAAGAGGUUGCACCUGCCUUUCGGAAAGCCAAGAGCUUGGGCGACUUUGCUGACAACCCCUACAGAUAUUACGACUCUCGGGUCCGCAACAACUACGCCCGAAAUCUGCUGAUGUUUGACUUCGGCAUGGACAACAAUGCUAACUUCUCAUUGGCUGUGGCUCAGAAGGCAGAGACCAUGAUCCGCCAGACCUUCAAUCUGAUUCUAGUGUCGGAGUACUUUGACCAGUCCAUGAUCCUGCUGCGGCACGCCCUCUGCUGGCCACUGGAAACCGUUGUCUCUUUCAGCCUCAACGCUCGGCAGCAGAAGCCCAGCGACGUGGGGGGGCUGAGCGGGAGCUUCGUGAGCAAAGCAGCGGCAGCUGCAGGUAUUGGGUUCAGAGGGGUACGCCCCCAAGCCAAGAUACUGACCAAUGUGACGGAGGCACAGCGGGAGAAGCUGCGGCAGUGGAACGCCUUCGACUUGUACUUAUAUAAAACCUUCAACCGGACCUUCUGGGAGGAUAUCAAAAGUUUCGGUUACGCCCAGAUGGAGCAGGAAGUAUCUCUUCUCAGGAUGCUCCGGAAAGAAAUGGCCCAGGUUUGUCUGAGGGACGGCGGGAAGCCUGUGGAGGCGCGCCGGAUCCGAGACAAGAACAUACGGCCGUUCCAGUUGGGAUUGUUGGAGAUUCUGGGAUACGAGCUUCAGCCGGGCCUGGACAACGCCACCAGGACGGCCUGUCUGAGGAUGAUCAGACCCGAGCUGCAGUACAAGGACGUGCUGGAUGCUAAACAGUUCCCCCGUGUGGCCCAGUCAGGGCAGCAGAACCCGGCUCUGCUGGCAGCCGGAGCCUCUCUGGUAAGACAAGACUCACCCAGGACAGGAGAGAGGCUGGCGGAGGGGAAUGCUGGGGGGAGGACAGCAGAGUUGAGGGACUGGGACGGAAGCCGCUUAAUGAGGAGGAACCAGACUUUAAUACAAAAAGUAAGAUUGACAUGAGGUUUCAGGUGAGUCUCGUUCCGCAAUACGGUACCUUUGGUCACUGAAAAAAUGUACUGAAAGCUGAGCCGAGUGUGGUUUACACACGAGAAAACUAAAAGGAGGAGCUGUUUCAGCUUCCACUUUUUGGUUGUUUGCUUCGUUACUUAAAACCAUUCUUUGCUUUUAGUCGGUGUAAUCCUCGUGGCCCUUGACCUCUGAGAGCCUGGGAUGCCCAUGGCUGCAGUUACAAGUGGUAGAAUGAACUUUGUUUUUAUAUAAGCAGACUCAAAGAAACUGUUGGCAGGGACUCUCUGCUUUGCUGACACACAGAAGCCUGUUUUAGUCCUCACUCCUUGUUCAUAUUUAUACUUCUAAGAGGUACGAUUUAUUUUUUACUUUGUCCUUGGUGCACAUGCUUGAAACUUCUCAAUGUAAAGGUACAAUAAGCCCCAGUAUUUGCCUCUCAUGCAGUGCCAUAACACUGAGUCACUGAGCCUAGCACCUCCCCAAAAGAUAUAUAUUUUUAAGUUAUUUAAUAUUUGAAUACAAAAUAAAGAAUUUACUUGGAAUAUGGGUUGAAAAAAAAAAUCUCGCUGAGGAUGGAAUGUUUUGUAUUCAGUUGGUUUGAAGAGUCUUUCAAUUCUAACAGUUUUUGAAGAAAAGCUGGGAAUGUAUUGCAUUAGAAAAACACAUGCUAAGCUCUGUGUCCCUAAAGCAAUGGUAAUACAAAAGAGGCUUACAUUGGGGUAUGUAUACAACACAUCUGUUUUUUAUUUGAGGGUAUGGUUUGUAAAGUCAGUCUUUGCUGGUACUGGUAAUGGACACAAAUAAUGAUGAUUUAUAACUUACUAUUUCUCUCUUUGAAACAGUUUGUUCAGCUUCAGAGUCAGUAUGGAGCCCUGUCUAGAACCACUAACUUGAACUGCUUCUUAAAUAUAUUUUAAUAAUACAAGAGGGGAAAACGAUCCGGUGCUUGAUACUACCGCAAGCAGGCGGGUGGUUAUUAUCAGCGUUUGGGCACAUUCCUUCGUUCCACUAUCCUCUAAAGUAUCCAUCUGUCUCAUAUAUGCAGAGACCAUGAAGACCCAUUUCCUUGUCAUAAUGUUUUACAAAUGAAUUGAAUAUCAGUGCAGGGGUAAACACAUCCAAAAGCAGCUGCAUGUUAAAGAUUAUUCAUUAUAUUGCACAAGAGUGAUCUCAACUCCCCCAGUAUUCCUUCCAGAUAAACUUUGAACGAGUUAGCAGGUAUUUUGGGACUUUUCUAUAUUGUUUUGUCAGAUGGAACACAGCAGACAACAUAAAGCAGGAGCGUCUUGCUGCAAAGCUCCUGGCUCAACCCACCUUUUGGACCCAUCUCCAACGCCAUUAAUCUGGCUACUUGUUAAUACAAAUGUUUUACAUCAAUUACAUGUCACUGUUUUAAAGACCAUUUCACAGUAAAUGCUAAUAUUAUUAAUGUUGACUAGCAAUACAAUUCUAUUAAAGCAGUCUUUUGUUAUAUCAUGGGUAUCCUUACUAAAUAAAUUAGCCUGCUAAGCCAAUAUUGUAUUCAUUUUAUCCCUUGCCACAAAACAGCAACACAAGGUAAACAAUACGAAGGUUAUAUUUCGAUUUAAUUCUAACUUCUAAUGUUAAGGUACAAGAAGCAAAUAACAUGUGAUAUCCUUAUGCGUUUGCUAACAAUAGCUAAUGUUAGCUAGCUAUACUUAUUUGUUAGGGAAAUGCAAAUGCUUAAUAAUCAUUGUAGCUAACAUUAGCCUUUGAUUGAUAACUCAUAAGGCUAGUACGAGUUUGGCUGCUUAAAGGUGGGGUAGGUAAUUUUGGAGAAACCAGCUCGAAUGCGCUAGAAUUUGAAAAUACAC